AUGUUACGACGUCUUCUCAAAAAGCUUCUUCGAAGAAUUAGGAAGAAGUUUUUCAAUGUGCCGGAGCCCAACGCUGCAGCUAGCGAUCCUCCGCCGGUCAACCACUCGAACAAGCCAGAAACACAAUUCAACCCGAAUCCUCAGUGCGAUACCGACAAUCAUGAGCCCAACCAUCACCAAGGUGUUCACCACCACGAACCUAUUCUACCCUAUUGGAAACCCCAUUUUGAUCCAUCAAUACCCACUCACACAUACUUUGAACAAGAAACUGGCGCCAACGGCUGGGGCAACAACGAAGCACAAAUGUACACACAAAAUCUAGCGAAUUGUUUCUUUACUUCCGAUAACAAGCUUGUUGUGCGCGCCAUUUCCAAGCCAGACGCAGCUGAAGAUAAGUACACUUCAGCACGCCUUGUCUCGCGGCAAACUUUGGCGCGGGACCGAGGGUGUGUGACGGCUAGUUUGACCGCUCCAAGUGCACCAGGUAUUUGGCCAGCUUUCUGGAUGCUGCCGUCCAAGCCAAGUACUUGGCCUGUAGACGGAGAGGUGGAUAUCUGUGAACUAUGGAACGGAAAUGCCAUAAAUCACAGCUGCGUUCAUUGGGGCCACUACAACGAUCAGGAUAAGGAGAAGCAUCGUGUCGUCGAAACAACUAUGAACGCUCCUACAGCCUUGCACCAAUAUUCUUUUGUGUGGGAGCAGGCACCCAGUGGUGUGGGGGGUCGGAUGUUGUGGUAUAUUGAUGAGUGUCCUGUCAUGCGUGCUAGCAUCCCAGAUGGCAUUCGACCUAUGCGGGACUUUCAGAUUAUCUUGAACGUGGCUAUGGGAGGUAAUGUCUGUCAAGAUCGACUGCCAGCCGAGGGCGUGUAUGACUUGGUAGUGCAUGAUCUGAAGUUGACGGAAGAACCACAAGGGGGAUGGGCAGUAUUCAACCGAGACUGGGAAUGCACGGUUGAGGGUCAUCCCAUGACAUGA